AUGAGCGUCCCACGUCGCUGGUACGUCCUCACUCUGCUCACGUGCUCGCUGUGGCAUGGCUUGACUGGCCAAGAGGCGCAGAUCGAGCGGCCAAAGGAGCUGCUUCGUCACCAGCAGACACACAGGCCGUCGUUCAUCGACAGGAAGGUGGAGAUGCGCGAGGGUACCGAACCUCCUUUGUUGGACUUGGACGAGCAGGAGGAGAUCGAGGAUCAGGUGACGCGUAGAGGCAAACUAGAGACGAGUAUCGAGAGACCAGCCACACAGAUCAGGCACAGCAGGUCCAGGAGCCAUUUCGCUAGACAGGCUAAGCUGGAUGAUCCAGAUUUGUCCUCUGUGUCAGGUGUAUCUGGCAAGAGGAGCCAGCAGGUGGAUAAUGAUUCGCAGAGUGUGGAUUUUUCAAGGUUGGACAGGUCUAGGAGCAAGAAUUUCGGAUUCAACGUGAUCACCGGGCAAGAUCUGAGAUCCUCCGGUACCAUUGACGAACGAUCCACCGUGGAUCUGGAUAAACUGUUGAUCAAACUAUCGGAGGCUGGCUCUGAUCGUAGAAAGGAGGGCAAGGUUCGGCACAAGAGUGACUCGUUUAAUAAAUUGAAGAAAGCGAUGGCUAGGAAUAGACCUAGAGUGGCUAAUAACAGGACAGCUGGAAAUUUCACCGAAGUCUACGGCCAUAUAGUUCACGGAGCUUCCAGUGGUGAUAGGAGUGACGAGGAUGACGAGAAUAUAUCUAUCUCGAUGGAUUAUGGCGAUUACGAUCCUGAUGGAGGGAAGAAUAGCUCGGAACAGGAUUACGGGGACUAUGGGAGGAGCGCGGAUCGCGGCAAGCCUAGUAAAGAGCCUGUCCACGUGGACAUUGUGACUAGGUUCCUGAGAAUUAUCGAGAAUCAGCAUCUUUUGGGAGAGAAUUGCACUGCUGGGACCGAUCUGAACUUGGGUGAGGGUAUCGUGGAUCAGUAUGCUCAAGAAAGGUUCAGAUUGGAGGCGAAUCUCGCGGUGAACAGGGCUAAUAUGUUGACCAGACUGUGGAAGUACGCUCCAGAAGUGAUGUUGUCCUCCGAGUACCUCCUGCACGCGAGCAUCUUGUCGAUGGUAGAGUUCGACGAGGAUAUAUUCGCUGCUGGGAACUGUUACGACAAGUUGCAGUACAAGGAUCGCUGGCUUUAUUGUCCCUUCGCGCACAGGCUGCAGGAUGAGGAUGGGAUUCUCGUGAAGGACCUGGCGAUCGAGUACAAGUAUCUGAGCAACAGCAGCGAGUGGUUUUAGAAGGUGAUAGCGAACAACGAUCAGUUCAGUCGCGGUUUCCACACGUACACGCUGAACGAGACUACGCAUACCGAGAGGGAGGAGGACGAGAUCCUGACGGUGAGAUAUGAGGAUGGCAGGUGGUCGAAGCCCUACUAUGAUUGUGGUGGAGGGAAUAUCUGGAUGCUGACCUACACCGUUCCCUUCUUCGGCUACGUGAAUGACACCUACUUCUUCAAAGGUACGAGUGGGAUAGAUAUUGAUCUACGUAGACUGGACAUAGAUCAGUGCCCUUUGCCUCCAGGAUCCACGCAAUUGAACAUUUUCGCAGCCAGUGACAAGUGCAAGAAGCGGACAACCGAGUGUAUCGCCAUUCCAGGCUUGGGAUUUCGUCGGGGGAGCUACCGAUGCGUCUGCAAGCGAGGCUUCUACUACCCAGACACGAAAUCGACCAGUCGAUACUACAAUGGCACCGUGAUCGAGGAGGAGUACGAGAAAUUGAUGAUGGGGGAUGAGAGCCAGUACGAUGUCGAGGGUGUGUUCGAGUGUCUUCCAUGCGCGGAGGGCUGCGAGUCUUGCGAGGACGAUUCCCCAUGCGUGGUAUCCUUGAACUGGCUGAUGAGAACAGCCAUUCUCAUCCUAGAAUGCUGCGUCAUCGCCUGUUUGCCUGCCGUCGCCCUUUUCACUUGGAAAUAUGGAAAUGUGAAGGUGGUAAGAGCUGCGAGUCCAGUGCUGCUGCGCGUCAUUGUGCUCGGUGCAUUUUUCAUAUAUUGCACGACGAUAGUAAUGUAUCCCCGUCCGAACGUCAUAACCUGCACGGUGCGAGUUUGGCUACGAGAGAUUGGAUUUUCCCUCACCUACGGCGCCCUGAUGCUGAAAACUUGGCGCAUAUCGGUGAUAUUUCGAGUGAAAUCGGCGAAAGCUGUGAAAAUAACGGACGGCAGCCUGCUGAAACGGCUUGGGAUCAUCGUGAUGAUAUUCAGCGUGUUCCUGAGCAUUCGCACGCUAGUUGCACCGCCGGUGGUUAUAGUGGCUCGAACGGCAGACGACCUGAAAGCUUAUCUGUGCCGGACCGACUGGUGGGAUCACAGUUUCACCACACUUGAGGUUAUGUUCCUGAUAUGGGGCAUCAGGCUGUGCAUCGUGGUGAGAAAGACACCGUCGGAGUUCAACGAGAGUCGAUUCAUCUCGAUGGCGAUUUACAACGAAUUUCUGCUCUCUGUCUUCCUCAACGUCUCCAUGUUGUUCUUGCAGUCGCCAGCCAAUCCGGAUUUAUUGUACGUGAUAUUUUUCUGUCACACCCAGCUCACGGUGACGUUGCUGCUCUGCCUCAUAUUCGGCAGCAAGGCCUACGUGGUGUUCCGUAGCGGAGGCAAGGAGGACUCGAAGCACUCCGGGGCAACUGGGAAAUUUUUAGGGAAAAGCAGCCGCCCGGCGGGCACCAGCAACCAGACGAACUCAAUAUCCCUUCAGCAAGGAAACUUCACGGACGAGAGCGACGGAGCCACGGAGGAAUUCCGUCGGUUGAUUAGCCAAUUGGAAGUCCUGAAGGAGAAAAAUAUGCUGCUGGGUAACCACCACCUGGUGAACAAGCUCGCAGCGAUGCAAGAGGCGGCGAAUCGCUCGGAAACUCAGGUUUCCACAAUUCAGGCGAUCUCGUCGAGCAUGAGACUGAACGACCUGAACGGAUCCACGACGAUCGCCGAAACUGACGUAGGAGGAUCCUUCAAAAGUGACGGUGACCAAAAGGGUGAAGAAAUCAAGGAGGAAAGGAGGUGUCAAGCCUGUGUGGAGAAGAAUGGCAUCAGAAGCAAGGAACAAGGCUCAUCGAAGGACGCUGAAGUUUUAGUCUCUGUGGAGACGAGGAAAUUGACAAGGACCAGCGACGUGGCAGUCUCCACUUCCGGCAGACCAACUAUGGAGGACAUUGGUACAGAAACAAGACACGAAGACAAAGAAACAGAAACGAGGGACCGAGAAAAAAACAAGAGCAAAUCUGGCCACUCGAGGACUCACGCUAUAGUGAUCAACCUGGACGACAAGAGUAGAUUUUCCGAGGAGGUCACCGUGUAA